ACUCUACAGACACGCAGAGAGACAGAACCAGAGGACUCUACAGACACGCAGAGAGACAGAACCAGAGGACUCUACAGACACGCAGAGAGACAGAACCAGAGGACUCUACAGACACACAGAAGCUGCAGCCCACCAGAUCUGGCCUCAGGAUGGACCAUGUCAUUAGGUUUGAAGGGAUUCCCAUGUCUAAGUCCAUGAGAGGGAUGUGUAAAGAGGAGGACUACGCGUUCCUGGGAGAGAAGGAGAAAAGGCCCAAGGAGACAGAAACGCUGGGAGAAGACUGGAAGGAAGACAAAGUGGAGAGGGUGUGGCGGCGUCGGGAGCGAGCGCAGCAGGAGGAGGAAAGACUCAGAGAACUGGAGGAGAGUAAGAAGGACUUCCAGAGGAGUGUGCUAGAAGAGGAGAUGUCCCUCCAGACAGACUCUGAGUCCAGCCAAGCCCUGGACCAGCUGCUUACCAGGAUCUAGACAACAUAGAUCUGCAGGAAAGACCCACUUCACAACCAACCUGUCCCUUCUAAUCAGUAUAGAUCUAUAGUCAUCUCUCUCCACUAACACCUGUCUGCUGUUCAGUCUACAGAGUGAUCUAGUCUGUAUAGAUCUAUAGUCAUCUCUCUCCACUAACACCUGUCUGCUGUUCAGUCUACAGAGUGAUCUAGUCUGUAUAGAUCUAUAGUCAUCUCUCUCCAGCUGUCUGCUGUUCAGUCUACAGAGUGAUCUAGUCUGUAUAGAUCUAUAGUCAUCUCUCUCCACUAACACCUGUCUGCUGUUCAGUCUACAGAGUGAUCUAGUCUGUAUAGAUCUAUAGUCAUCUCUCUCCAGCUGUCUGCUGUUCAGUCUACAGAGUGAUCUAGUCUGUAUAGAUCUAUAGUCAUCUCUCUCCAGCUGUCUGCUGUUCAGU